GUUUAUCAUAUCGCCGCCAGUUUUACAUCUACGCGAACCGUCCAACUCGUGCUCUAAUCAGGGAGAGUCACCCUAAGGAAGAUGUCAGCACAAAAUCCACGUCACAAUGAGAGCACACGCCUUCCAGUCCAAUCAAGAAGCACGUCCAGCCUCCGGGAAUCUUUGAUGAAAAUUGCGAGGAUCCUUCCAUUAGCGUACGGUUAUAUGUGGACCGCUGCCCUGGUGAACCUAUCCCCGCCAUUUUAUCCUGCCCUGGCAACUGCUCGGGGUCUGGCAACCUGGGAAAGCGGCUUUGUUUUUUCUGCAAUGAAAAUUGGAAUGUUCAUGGGAUCUGUCUCUAUGAAUAAAAUGAUAAGCUGUUUUUCGCCGACUAGAACCUACCUCAUUGGCCAAUGCCUUACGCUGCUCUAUUGUGGGCUUUUCGGGACACUUUAUUGGAUACCGGCGGAGAUGUUUUUGUGUCUGUCAAUACUAGCAAUGCUAAUUGGAGGAUUCUCGAUAAUCAUCCAGAACAUAACAAUGUAUGCAGCUGCAACAUUAUUAUACUCAACAAAGAAAGGAAAUUUCAUCGCGAUAAUGGAAGCCAUUUUCGGUGUCGGGCUCAUGGUAGGUCCAAUCGUAGGAGGGGCUCUGAUUGGCCUGUGGGCUUUUCCACUGCCGUUUUUUGUAGUCGGCAUUCUCCAAAUUCUGCCCUUUCCAUUCAUUGCACGGAAUGGAGUGACUCCGAAAGAACGGCUCGCAGUUCCCCCAACAGCUCAUGACGCUCAAGCUCCUAAACAAAAUUUGGAAUUGAGGCGGCUGCUUUUGAAUCCAAUAUUUCUGGCAAACAUGGUGACACUAAUGCUGGCUUGGGUAAUCAUCGGAUUCAACGACCCAACCUUAGCACCGCAUACCGAACAGUUUAACCUCAACAGCAUGGAGCUUGGGGCUGUCUUUAUGAUCCCAGCCAUCAGCUAUGCGAUCGGAUCACUAACAGCGGGACUCUUUUGCCAUUUGGAGAUGGAAACGUUUUUUGCUUUCUGUGGUCAACUGAUGACUGUAAUUGCCUAUCUAAUAAUUGGACCAGCACCUUUUUUUGACACGGAGCCGAGCCUGUUUUCAGUGUGCGCAUCAAUUGUGCUCAUAGGACUUGGCACGGCGGGACAAUUCAUCUGUUCAUUUUCCAACGUCCUUAAGUAUACAAUGGAGCAAGGAUAUAGAGACGAUGUUCAAACAACUGGAUUUGUUUCGUCAACAGUUUUCGGAUUUCUCGUCAUUGGGGGCCUGAUAUCGCCGCCUGUAGGUGGAUACAUGGUGGACACCUUCGGCUACAGGAAAGGCUCCAUGUUCAUGUUCGCACUUUUGUUGGCAUGGACUCCUGUGACAUUUUUCCUGUGGUGGCGGUCGAUAUGUCAAGCAAAGAAAAAAAUCACAAUCACAAUGGUCAGCACACGAAGGUAG